UCCGCAUUUUUCGGCAGUUCCCGGCGCUGAAAGCGGCAAAAGCGCCGAUUGAUUGUCGCAAAAUUUUCCGCUUUUCCGACGCCGGCAGACCACACGGAUCUUCUGGGAUUGCGGACUUUUCCUCAGCUCGCUUCAUUCACAGUCUGUGGUAUCAAGCCCUUGGAAAAGCGUUGCGGAACCGAAAUUCUCAAGGCCACCGACAGACGAGCUGUUUUUUACCGCCACAAGCGCCAUUUUUUACGCAAGGCAGACGAGUGCGACGCUAAAAUUCAAACCACCGGCCGACUUUUUGACACCCCAAACCGAAUUUUGAGCACGAUGAAGAGUCGCCUGCAUGGCAUAAACUUGGCUUUCCAGAAAUAUCAGUGAAAAUGGUCAAAACAAGGCGCGGGGACGCGAGCCUGGAUGAUUCGGAAAUGCCCGUCAUUGACAACAACGCCAGACCGGAUUCUGAAGAAGAAGAGGAACCCAUUUAUGAAGCUCGGCGAAGUCGGCGGCAAAGAGCGACUCCAAGUCGCGAUCUGGGCGAACGUCGGAGAGAGCGAGUGUUGAGACCGAGACGCUCUCGCUACGUCAUAGUGAACAAAGUAGAUCUUAGUGAGGACUCUGAAGAUGACCACAGACUUGCCACUGAAGACAGAAUCACGGAGGACUCGUCUCCAAUUGUCCACCGCAAAGGAAAGCGGCAGCGACGAAAAAUCAUUUUGCACGAGACUGAUCCCAGUUCGGCUGAAGAAGAGGAUGGUGUUGAGCUUGCCCGAAGAUCUCACCGACGUGUGAGGGGCCAUAAGUAUACACCUAGCAAGUCUUUCGCUCUUAGGAGCAUAUCCAAUGGUGACUCUGGCCUGAGAAGAAGCGGACGCGAGCGCAAGUUAAGAUACUCAUCAUUCAAUGAUUCCUGGAUCAUCGAGGGACAGGUUGAAAGCAGCUACCAUCGCAGGCUGCGGCAUGAUGACUCAGAAGUUCGAGCCCACUGCGCUGUACGAAGGAGAGCAAGAAUCAAGCAUGACGGUGAUGUGGAGGAAGAAGACGAAGAGGAGGAAGUUAUUGCUAAAGUGGACCCAGCUCCAAGGAGGUCAAGACGAGUUCAGGUUAAGACUGAGUUGGGAGAUAGUUAUGCUGCAGAUGAUAUUGAAAAGCCUGAGGAAGAUGCUGAAAAAGAAGAAGAAACUGUUGAUAUGAUUGAAGAAGAUGACAAGGAUGACAAUGAGAAUGCUGAGAAAAAAGGAGGUGAUGAGGACAUGUACACAAGAGUGAAGCAAAAACGGAGGACUAGACAGCUACAGACUGCAAGCUACGAGGUCCGACAACUGAGGGGUGAUAAACGAAACAUAAUCACAAGUGGUGAUGAGUCUGGCAGCUCAGAUGACAACGACAGGCCACCAUCUCCCAGGAAAGGUUACCAUCUGAGGCAAAGACGACCUCCACCUCCAAUAUUCCAAAUGCAAGAGCCAAGUCGCAGAUCUGCCAGGAAAAUGAACCGCAGCCGAUAUGGAAAAGCCAGUUCUACAUCCUCCUCGUCAGACUCUGAAUACAAGAUGAAAAAAAGCAGAAACCGAUGUGUGUCUGUUAACUUUUCGAAAGACAAGUCGAGGGGUGACAAAAAGAAAAUUCUGGCAGACACUGACCCAAUGGAGAUUAAUCCUGACAUCAGGUUCACAAGUGUCGGAGGGCUGCACGAUCAUGUGAACGCUUUGAAAGAAAUGGUGGUCUUCCCCAUGCUGUACAGUGAGGUGUUUGACAAAUACAGUGUCACUCCACCUAAAGGAGUCCUUUUCCACGGACCUCCUGGCACUGGUAAAACGCUACUUGCACGAGCGCUUGCUAACGAGUGCAGCCAGGGUAGCUCCAAAGUAACAUUUUACAUGAGGAAGGGUGCUGACUGUUUGAACAAGUGGGUUGGUGAGUCUGAACGGCAGUUGCGGCAUCUUUUUGAACAGGCCUACGAGAAUCGUCCGUCUAUUAUUUUCUUUGAUGAACUUGACGGCCUUGCUCCUGUGCGCUCUCACAAGCAGGAUCAAAUACAUGCAUCAAUUGUGUCAACACUUCUUGCACUCAUGGAUGGACUGAAAGACAGGCGUGAAAUUAUCGUCAUUGGUGCUACCAAUCGAAUUGAUUCUAUUGACCCUGCUCUUCGCCGACCAGGCAGAUUUGAUCGAGAGCUCUUCUUCCCUCUGCCAGCUGUGAAGGAACGUGAAGAAAUCCUGCGUAUUCACACAUCCAAGUGGGAGCAGAACCCAACGCCUGAGCUCAUCACAACCCUUGCCCAGUCCUGCGAUGGAUUUUGUGGCGCUGACUUAAAAGCGCUGUGCACAGAGGCUGUGCUGCAAAGUCUGCGUCGCCGAUACCCUCAGAUCUACAAGUCCUCCAGCAAACUCCUUCUUGACACGGAACAAGUUCAAGUAACCAAAGAAGACUUUAUGCGAGCCAAAGUUGGCAUUGUGCCAGCUGCCCAGAGGAUGUCCAAGUGCCCUGGGAGGAAGCUUCCUCAGUUUGUUAGCAACUUGCUUCGUCCUGAGCUGGAACGAGCUAUAAGCUUCCUGGCAAAACAGUUUCCUCACGUCAACAUGGUGUCUGCGACAGAUUGCAAACUGCUUCCUGCCAAUGUGCCGAAUCCUCGUCUCCUUAUCACUGGAAACAAGCACCAGCCCCAGAGCAACCACAUUGCCCCAGCCAUUCUGCAACGCAUGGAGCACGUUACUGUGCAUUCUCUUGAGAUGAGCAGUCUUUUCGGCAGUCCAGGCGCGACCGGCGAGGAAGUUUGCAUCAACCUCUUCAGGGAAGCCCAUCGCCAACUUCCAGCUGUGAUCUACAUCCCCAACAUUGACAGAUGGUGGCACCGAGUGUCUGAUACUGUCAAGGACCUAUUCUUGGAAAAACUCGAUAGCAUCGAGCCAACCACUGCCAUUCUAAUUCUAGCAACUGCUAAUUGUGUGCUGGAUUGCGACGAUAUGCCAGAGGAGGUCCAAGAAAUCUUUAGCCCUUUUAGAGAAGAAGUCUUUGAGAUGGAAAAUCCUGGAGAAGAGGAGAGAAAACAAUUUUUCUCUCCCUUGUUCACUGAGAAACCUUACGAACUUCCGCCAGCUACAAAAGACGAGAAGGAUGCUGAGUUGGAAGUGCUGCCAUUGGCGCCCCCACCAGAGCCAAAGAAGUUGACUGAGAAGGAGGAAGAGACGCUCCGGAAAACUGAGGAGCACUCUCUCCGAGAGUUGCGGAUAUUUCUGCGCCAAACUCUUGACAAGUUGUGCCGCAUGAAAAGUUUCUCCAUAUUCAUGAAUCCAGUGGACGAGGAAGAAGCACCAGACUACUACGACAUUAUAAAAAACCCAAUGGACCUGAGCACAAUCAGAGAAAAUAUCGACAAACAUUUGUACAAUUCUGCUGAAGACUUUCUCAAAGACGUAGACUUAAUCAGUCAAAACUGCUUGGAAUACAACUCGGAUAGGAACCUGCGAGCUGUGGCAAACAACUUCAGCGAUUCUGUGAAGGCCAUAAUAAAGGCUGAGAUGGACACAGACUUCGAGGAGGAGUGCAAGAAGAUUUCAGAAGCACGCAAGAAAAGAAAGUUUAACCCUCAAAAGCAUUUGCUCAACUACAGCUUUGUUGCCCCUGAAAAAAGCAAGCCAAACAGAGACAAGACUGAAGGGGAAAAUACAGAUGUUCCUGUUGAACAAAUCUCCCUACCCAAUGGAAAUGCUGACAGCAAAGAAGUUGUUGAGCCAUCAUCACCUCAAAAGUCGACGAGCACCCCACAAACUCCAGAGACCCGACAUACGGCCAAGAAGAGGAAGAGCAAAUGGUCGUCGGGCGUGAUCAAUAAGAACAAGAAGAAGAAAGCCGAGAGCAAGGACCAGGCAAACGAAUCUCUCAAUUUGGAGAAUGAUACAAGUCUGCUAGAUAUUUCAAUGACCUCUACCAGCAGUAAAAUUUCCCCUGUCAAAACCCCUGGCAAAGGCAGUUCCCCUCGUCUGUCUGCUUCAAAGGAAUGCCCGGUGAUGACUGAAACCAAGGAAGUUGUGGAGAGCAUCAUAAGCGCCACAGAGGAAGCUGCCACCAAGGCUGCCGAGGAAGAUGAAAAAGUGCUCAAGGUCAACAAGGAAAUGCUAGACAAGCUGCUGGAGCAAACUCUGCAGAUCACAGAGGACGUGCCAUUUGCACUUCUCUUAGACCUCCACAGCCAAAUCAACAAGAUUGUGCAAAAGUACUCUACUCUGUUCGACCGAACAAAUCUGCACAAGGACAUUGAUGUCGUUCUAAAAAAAUUCAACUCGGUGAUCAGCAAACUGCAAUGAAGAAAGAUAAUAAUGAACCUCUCUAUUAAUUCUCAGGAACGUUAUAGAUGAAAACGCUGGACUUACUAUUUCAAUUUUGCAGAUCGUUGCCUUGAAUGAAGUCUAUUUUUUAAUAUUAUAUGUAUCUGGCUUAUCACACUUUUAAGUUUUCCUAGCCAUGUGGAUAAGAAUGUGUACACAAUUUUGGCUACGGAAAGUCCAUUCACUGUAUCAUGAUAAGCAGCCGUCACUUGAACGGUUCAUUUCAAAUAAUUUCUGUUCUUAGCAAUAUACACUUAAAAUCAAACCAAUACUUAGCCAGUGCUUCUCAACAUUAUGAAUAAUUUUGUUCAUUUUUUCCAAUAAAAAAAAAUCAA